AUGCAAAAGUAACUAAUUAUUGACUUCUCAUUGGGCCAACACACUAAUGACCAUACCUUAUGUGGUCACAAUUUGAGGAAGAUCAUAUCCUUGAAGAAGAGUUGUAUGUCUUUGUGUUUCAAAAAUGCUUGAGAUCUCAUUCGUGCUUCGGUUGCAUCCAAAUGAUCCUUCAAUUAUUGGAGGAUCUUGCCCCAUUCUUUCAGUUGUUGCUCCACAAUAGCCACUAGGGUCUUUUGGUAGUUGAACUUGAUAAGGUUGGGAGCAUCUUGUCCGUAUACAACUUUGAAUAUUGUGGUGUUGAUAGAAGAAUAAAAUGAUGUAUUGAACUAGUAUUCUACUCAUGCUAACCAUUAUCACCAAGUUAGGGUUGCAUGUUUGUAGCAAAGCAUUAUAA